AUGCACGCGCAGCAAACGCAGAAUAUGCCACAACAGUCUCCCAUGCAUCCGCAGCAGUCUCCGAUGCAUCCGCAACAGUCCCCAAUACAUCAGUCGCCGCUGCACGCCCAGCAGCAGAUGUCGACGCAACAUUCACCUAUGCAUCCACAACAGAGCCCGAUGCAUCCGCAGCAGAGUCCCAUGCAUCCGCAGCAGAGUCCGAUGCACCCUCAACAAAGUCCUAUGCAUCCGCAACAAAGCCCGAUGCACUCGCAGCAAAGUCCAAUGCACAUACAACAGUCGCCGUUGCACACACAGCAAUCACCGAUGCAGUCAUCGAUGUCUCCACAACAUUUUCUUCAACAAUUGCAGGCGCAAAGAACUAGUCCUCAACUACCGACGCCCAGCCGCAGUCCGCAGAUUUAUCAACAAUCACAAAUACAGAGCCCUGUAGCUUCCCAUUCUCCGCAACUUCAAAAUGUAUGA